UUGUCAUGUGCCCUCGAUGCCGAGCGGCUAUCUGUCCCCGCGGCGCCGCCCGCCCUCUUAGUUGGCCAGCUGAAGUCGUGGUGAACGCCGCGCGCUCCUUUCAAACUGCACUCACGGCGUCGCCUCCGGUUCACCACAUACAGCGACCACCACAAACACACUUGACCCACGGAAAAUGUCAUCCUUCGCUCCCGAGGAGAAACGCCGCAACAGCGUCGAUGAGAAGCAGUCGAGGAACUCCAUUCUAACUGAAUGGAUUGGUAUGGGGAGAAGCGGACCACAAAUCACGGCUAAGCGGCAGCUUUUGGACUGUGUAACGUUCACCAUGGUUUUACUUUCGAUGCUGUUUCGACCAGCUCACUGCCAGCAGUGUCGAAUCCAGCGCUGCAAUUCGGAGUACGUGUCCUCGACCUCGCACACCAGCGGCCUGCAGGACGACGUGGCUCUGGACGUGGACUACUGCAUCGCCCUGCGCGCCUACGCCCUGUGCACCCGGCGGCAGGCGCGCAGCUGCCGGGGCGACCUGGUCUACCACUCGGCCGUCUUCCGCAUCAAGGAGCUGUUCUCCCAGCACAACUGCUCCAGCGACGGGCCCACCUCCUCCGCCAGGGCGCGCGGCACGGCGCGCCCGGUCGUGCCGGAGCCGUGCGACUACGAGAGCCGGGUCCUCGCGGCGGGCUCGGCCGGCCAGAAGAAAUACGCCCACUGUGGAUUAUUCGGAGACCCGCACCUGCGGACUUUCCGCAACGAGUUUCAGACCUGCAAGGUGGAAGGGGCGUGGCCUCUGAUCGACAACCGCUUCCUGUCGGUGCAGGUGACCAACGUGCCGGUCGUGCUGGGCUCCAGCGCCACGGCAACCAGCAAGAUCACUGUGAUCUUCAAGUCCUUCCAAGGCUGCACGGAUCAGAAGGUGUACCAGGCCACCACAGAAGAUCUGCCGCUGGCCUUUCAAGACGGGACCCGCACCGGCGGCGAGAGCGGCAGCCUGACCGUCGUGGAGCGCGGCGGCGCCGGGGCGGGCCGCCAGGUGAAGAUCCAGGCCCGGUACAUCGGCACGUCCAUCAUCGUCCGGCGCGUGGGCAGCUACCUGACCUUCGCCAUCCGCAUGCCGGAAGACACCCUGGACUACUCGGAGGGCAACGGCGGCCUGCAGCUCUGCCUGCACGGCUGCCCGCGCAACGAGCUCAUCAAAGAGCACACGCUGGGCCGCCAGAGCCAGCAGCCGCAGGGCACCAACACAGAGCUGGGGCGGCUGCGGCCCCCGCACCAGGUGUACACCGUGGAGCGGGCCACGGCCAGGUGCAGGGAGACCCUGCAGGUGGAGGACGUGUACUUUCAGUCCUGCGUGUUUGACUUGCUGACCACCGGAGACCCCGAGUUCUCCAUGGCGGCCUACGGCGCUCUGGAGGAUUUAAAGGCGCUGCCGCCGAGUAAACUGAAGCAGAAUUGGCCGAGGACGACUCGUCUUUACAACCGAGCGGCGGCGGCGGCGGCCGACGGCCCGCUGCUCUCGCUCCUCGUCAUUCUGCUGCUUUUGUAAAAAAAUAAAUAUAGAAAUCCCCCCCCCCCCCCCAAAAAAAAGAAACCUUGAGAAAAACAGAAGGUGGAAGCAUUACCAGCUUGAGGAAAGAGUGAGUCGAGUUCAGACAUUUGUAUUUUGGGGGGGGGGGAGGGGCAAUUUGUGAAUGUUGUGAUCUUUUUCUGUUUUUGCCAUUUGAAGGAUUUCACACUCGUUUUUUUUCUUUUCCCCCACUUCACAUUUUCCGUGGAUUCAUGAGUGACGUAAUCAGUAAAAAAUAAAAUAAAUGCAUGAUCUUAUGUGGUUUGGGGUCCACACGCUCACUUCACUGGUAAUCGGUUUACGGCAGCUAAAUAAACGGCAUGGCUAUUUUUUGUAAAUAUAAACGUCAUAGUGCCCAACCUUCAAACUCUCCACUCUGCAUGAAGCUGCACAUGUAACUCCAAACUGUAUGGACGCUUCUAGAUCCUGUAUAAUCCAGUAAUAUCAAUUAGCACUUAAAAAAAGGUUUUAACAGCAAGUUGCAUGUUUUCAGAUGUCAUCUUUGUCUAUUUCAACAGUUAAUUUCAGUCUGCUAAAUACACAGGAUCCAACAACUGUAUGUAAAAAAAACUACCUAUCCAUAACAUAUGGUGUGUCACUCAACAGUUAUCAUCUUCUGUGAAACACUCCCUCUUCAAGCUGUUUGGCUUCCAGUUUUUAAAAAAAAGGUUUAAAAAAACAUCAAAAUCUUUCUACAAUAAUAUAUUAAAAGAGUGUAUAUAUGUGUUUUAUAUUGUGUACAUUUGCCUGUUUAUAGAUGUGUUAACUGUAAUGUGUUUUUAGUUUUUGAGUAAGAAAGUAAACUAAUAUGUUUGUACUUUUCUGUAUUAAAAGUGUUGGACACUG